AUGUUCUCCCUCUCCAAUCACCGCUCCCAUGAGAACAAGCUUCCCCCUCUGAAAGUUGAAAGCACGAUGGUUUCCGAAGUCGUCGAGGUCUCUGGCGAGGACAAGUAUGGGACGCCCAGGUUGCCUGAUGGCGGGUAUGGCUGGGUCGUUGCUGUUGCUAUCAUGGUUUCAUACGCUAUCACUUGGGGCAUGUUGUUCUGGGACAAUGCUCAGCAGGGUCUACUCUUUGGUUUAGGGCUCGGCGCGGGCAUAGCAAACGCGGGUUCUGGUAUUGGAGGUCUAGUUCUGGCAAACACUACCCGAAUCCUGAUUGAGCAUCUUGGCCUGCGAACCUCUCUCAUAAUCAACGGCGCCAUCGCUGGCGCCAUCCUUAUACCUGUAAUCUUUCUCCUCCGGAAGGGCCCUGCACAUGCGGACCGUUCAUCAGAGCCUCUGCAGCUUCGAUGGCUGGUUCAUCCAGGUUUUGUCUGGGUUUGCAUCUGGGGCUUUCUAGCCAUGAUGGCAUAUUUCCUCGUCAUGUACACUCUAGCAUCAUAUGCUACAGACGGGAUUGGACAUUCCCAAGCCGAGGGCGCUGCUCUUCAGUCUCUGUUCUGUGCCGGUCUGGUUGUUGGACGACUGGGCAUCGGCUCUAUCCUUGAUCUAGGCGGGCGGAUAAACACAACAAUAAUUCUCCACAUCCUGGCGGGGGUAUCAUGCUGGGCCCUUUGGCUCCCAGCUCGAUCGUUUGCCCUCCUCGCCGUCUUUGCCAUUUUCAACGGCUGCAUGGGAGGUUCCCUAUGGAGUACCGCAGCCCCUGUCGCGAGUCGAGUUGUGGGCUCGGCACAUAUGGUGUCUGCCCUCACAAUCUUCUGGCUUUCGGUGGCAUUACCUGCAGCGGUAGCAAGUCCCUGCGCCAUUGCCUUGCUCGAGUAUUCCAGGAACGCACUUGGCAAGCAAGGAGCAGAUGCGUACGCAAUUUCAAUUGCCUUUGGUGGUUCGCUAUUUGCACUCUCGGGCCUCUGUCUCUACGGCGCCAAAGUCUACGUUCAGAAGAGCUUCAAGAUCUUUCAGAUUGCAUGA